AUGCCUCAUAGAGGAAUCAAAUUUUUACAUCAAAAGAACCAAGCUCUACACCAUUUCUCAAACUGCCUUCAGACGAGAACGAUUCCAUUCAGCGCGGUAUUAGCGUUAGCUGAAAUAAUUCCAAAGGUGCGUUGUUUAGUUGUUGCACCCGUACAAGAAUUAGCUAUGCAAAUUUACAAAGUGAUGGUUACAUAUACUUCGCAUACAAAUUUAAGAGUUGGUUUACUUUCUGGCGCAUCAGCAUUUCAUGAAGAACAAAGAAAUAUUCGAAAAGAGAAUGAUAGGGGGGAAUAUAUUUCUCUAGUGGAUAUAGUGGUUGCUACGCCUGGGCGGUUAAUAGACCAUAUAUUAAAAACAUCAGGAUUUUCAUUGGACGAUAUCAGAUUUCUUGUAAUCGAUGAAGCAGAUACAGCUGCUGACUGGUUGGAGUAUCUUCCCGAGCCUCAUUAUCAAACGCCACGAUUAACACUUUCCAACUUACGUUCUAGUAAAAUUCCAGCUCAAAAAUUAUUAUUCAGUGCAACAUUAUCACAAGAUCCUGAAAAACUUAAUCGGCUUGGACUCUUUCACCCAAUAUUAUUUACGUCUGUUUUGGUGACAGGCAAGGACGAUGAUGUAAAUUUAGAUAAAGAAGCGGUUAAUUUUAUAGGGCGUUAUACAAGCCCAGAAGAAUUAACGGAAGAAGCAAUAGAAUGUGAAGCAGAAUAUAAACCAGUAGCUUUAUAUCAGUUAAUAAUCAGGAAUGGUAUCACUUCUAAAGCAUUAGUAUUUACAAAUUCUGGAGGAACUGCUCAUAGAUUAACUAUUUUACUCCAAUCACUCUUAUCUAAAAAGAAUAUAGUAGUUGGAGAACUUUCUGCACAACUUGUAUCAAAAGAACGUGAGGAUAUACUUACGAAAUUUACAAGUGGAAAAAUUCAAAUACUUGUAUGUUCAGACGCAUUAGCAAGAGGUGUAGAUAUUCCAAAUGUACAAUUAGUCAUAUCUUAUGAUCUUCCUAAACAUAUUAACGGUUAUAUUCACAGAGCAGGAAGAACAGGACGUGCAGGUAAAUCCGGUACUGCUAUAUCUAUUCUGACACCCAAACAAGUUAAAAUAUUUAAGCAUAUGUUGAAUAAUGCUCAUAAAGUAAUACCACAUGUUGAAAAAAUCGAACUAAGUACUAUUAUAAAUGAAAUCGAUUAUUUGAGUCAUAUUGAUAAAUUAAAACAUGCUCUUGAAAUAGAGAAACAGAAUAACUUAUUGCGUGUGAAAGCUGUUAAACGAAGUUAUCCAGUAACUGCAAAAUAAAAGUCAUUACCUUUUGUACAAAUAUUGCGAAAUAAAAUAUAAUUUAACUGAAAAUGUUUACCUAUAACUGAAAAAAUUUGUUGUC